AUGUUGGAUCCUUUCCCGCCUCCGCCGGAGUGGCUGCGGAGCUUCAUUGAGCCCUACGCCCUCUACUACAACAGUCCGACACUACCUGAUCACAUUCACGAGGUGGUUGGAGCAUUUGUCUUCUAUCUCGUCAUUCAUGCGGUACUCUCGCCAUGGCUAUCGCCGAUCCUUUUCCCGCAAUCUUACAAGAGCCUCAAGCCAAGGACUCGGCUGAACUGGGACAUCCAUGUUGUCUCGCUGGUCCAGAGUAUUCUGAUCAACGUCGCCGCCUUGUGGGUUAUGUAUGUCGACCGCGAGCGCAGCGCGAUGUCCUCCGGUGAGCGGGUCUUCGGGUACACGGGUACAUGUGGUCUCAUCCAGGCCCUCGCUGUUGGUUACUUCAUCUACGACCUGAUAGUCAGUGUCAUCUAUGUGCGCAUGUUUGGCAUCGGAAUGCUAUUCCAUGCUGUAAGCGCUUUAUGGGUGUUCAGUCUUGGUUUUAGACCUUUCCUCAACUACUAUGCACCGACAUUCAUCCUCUACGAGCUUUCAAGCCCAUUCCUCAAUAUCCACUGGUUCCUCGACAAGGUCAACAUGACCGGUAGCCGUGCUCAAUGGUAUAACGGAAUGGCCCUGCUGGGUUCAUUCUUUGGGUGCCGUCUUGUUUGGGGCACCUGGCAGUCUCUAGUGGUCUAUUCUGACAUGUGGAACGCGCUCCAACACACUUGGUCUGCCGCGGCGUCCCCACUCUCCGAACCGGUCAGCGUCAACGCAGCGGUAUUCUACCCAGCCCGUGACGGCAGCAUGUGCAUUGAUGAGUCCUGCGCUCGCGCCAAUGCCGAGAUCACCAAGUUCAAAGACUUCACUGCCGGUGGCGUGCCUACAUGGCUGGUCGUCACUUACGUGGGAUCAAACAUGAUCUUGAACUUCUUGAAUUACUUCUGGUUCUCGAAGAUGGUCGAAACGGUGCUCAAGCGCUUCCGUGGACCCGCACAAGGAACCGAGAAGGAGAGCACAGAAAAGACAAAGCUGAAGGAGGACAUUGUGCACGAGGUUGUCCUUGAGGCGGCCUCACAAUUGGAACAGGAAGAGAGCGCUGUCAUGCAGGGUGAUCUUACUUCCCUCAAGGAGCAGGUCUCUUCGGCUGUUGACUCCGGUCUCUCUGAUGACCUGCGCAAACGUAGGGCCGAACUUGUUGCAAAGGUUCCCUUGCCUGGUGCUUAA